CGUGAGCGCGAGAGGGUUAAAGAAACUGGAAGUGUUGUCAGGCCGUAAACCCCUCCUUCCUGCUGUCUGUCGGGUCCAUCUGUCUCUCAGGGGUAAGUUUUUGGCCCCUCGGACGCUGUCUACCCUCAAACUAAAUACCGACAGCGCUGUCCGGUCAUCUCCGGGUCAGGUUUGCCACAGCUCGACCGUUAACGCGACGCUUUUUGAUGCUAGCUUUGUGAAGCUGCGCGAGGAGGACGGACGGACGGACAGACAGACAGACGGGCGGGCAUCUGUCUGAUGUGCAUGUAGCAGUAAAGUGCUUUUCCUUGUGCCAGUUUUGAUCACACUACAACUGGUUGGACUUAAAGUUUGACACUAAGAAGAUGCGUUCCAGUGUGGAUGGACACCCGAAUGCCCUUGGGAGUGGAGCAAAUAAUGGCAACAACAGCAACAACAACAACAACAACCACAGUAGCAAUGAAAACAGUGGAAACUCGGGAUCCCAGUAUGCACUAUGUGCUUUGGGAGUUGGUCUCAUCGCCCUCAGUGUUGUGAUGAUUGUGUGGAGUGUGGUGCCUUCAGAUGUACCUUUUAAUAACAGCAGCUCCAGCUCAGGGGGGGGAGGUGUGAGCGAAGAAAAGCGGAAUAAAGCGUCCUCUGUGGCUUUUGUGCUGAUUGGCUGUGGGGUAGCUAUGCUGUUGCUGUCUUUGUGUCUGGGGAUAAGGAACAAGCAGCGGGCGCAGCAGAGGCUCCAGGAGGCCCAGAACCAAAGACAAGAGACAUCACAGGAGCAGGAGAGACAAAUCGCUGAGGAGCAGGCGCAGCGCUAUGCUGUGCCCACUUAUGAGGAGGCGGUAGGCAGCGGUCAGUACCCUGUCCGUCAGAGCAACUUCCGUCCGAGCACCUCUCAGCUGCCGUCCUACGAAGACUUGGUCACGGUGGACGUCAUACGGUAUGAGAAUGAAGAAUCAGGAGUCAUAGCGCCCCCUUCACAAGCCGCCCCAGCUACUGCUGCCGUUUUGGGAUCAAACCACAAACCUGGGAAAAACAACCGCACUCUGCUCCCUAUUAAGAUCCGCAGGAUUAAGUCAGAGAAGCUGUCCAUGAAGAACACUUCCCAGCCAACAACUGGAAAUAGCAUCGAACCACUUACCCCACCACCACAGUAUGAGGAUAAAGUUCCUCCUCUUUGACAUUGUCCUGAUAGUGUUUGAAAGAACAGUGAAAUGAAUCCUUUGUGAUCAUCUUUUGUGGAUCUGGAUAUCCCUGCUGAUACCAGGGCUCACGCGUUCUUCUGCCUUUUAUGGAGCAUUUUCGUUCUCUUUAAUUCGGACCACAGGACAGAGGAAGAUUCUCUUUAACUGUGGAUGUCAUGAAUACGACGGUGAGCACGGAUCCCUCAGUGAAAUUGGCAGAUCUGACGGUGAUACGUUGGAUUUAGAUGGAGAUUUCUCAUGCUAUUUUAGGUCUUAAGUGCUCUGCACACAGAUGAGAUGAUGGCAGGGGAGGCUGAGGACAUUAGUAAAAGGCAGCUCUUAGGACUUACAUGUGCAUUUAAAGGUGGAGAUGAAAAACUGAGAGCAAAGUCUUUCUAUUGUGAGAGAGCAACAAAUGUUUGGGCUGAAGAUGUGGGAUUAUGCUUUAGUGCAGUUGUUACCUGAAUAGAUCCAGAUUUUAAAUAAACUUCAAACAAGUUAGCAAGAACAAACUAUGUUAAAGAAGUUAAAAAGUCACAGAAAUUCUGCAUUGAGGCACUGUGGACGUUAGACUGACUCAAUUAUAAUCAGCACUAUUACCAAAAAAAACCCCACAUAGCCCAGAAAUGCAUUCAGUGUAUCAAUCAGUCACUUAAUUUAGUUUACACUUAGCUAGAGAUUUUGCUUUUAUUUAUAACAUACAUUUGCUAAUUUUACUUUUCUUUAUUUGUGCUUUAAAAGUUGAAAAGAACCUCACCAUGUAAAACACCAAAACAGUUUAUGCAGCUUUUUAAGGACAUUGUUUUAUAUUUAAAUUGACUGGAUGUUAUUUAGAAAGGACACGUCAGCGUUUUAUUAACAAAAACCAAAUAAUUUUUGUCAUUUAAAAAAAAUCAACCUCAAUUUUCUAGGAAUAAUAUUUGCCAAAUGAAGCUGUGAUAAAGUGUUUGCUCCUCUUGUUGAGUGCCUUAUAACACGAACACUCGUCAAAAGGUUUGAAAACCCGCUUUUAGCGGCAGCCCUGUUGCUCUUUUAGUGCAGUGUUGCUUCAGCUGUUGCAAACAGCAGCAGAAGGCAUGCGGGAGCACGCUGGCAGCCUCUGCCAUGUAGUCAUGGUGAGCUGUGAAGACAUUGUGUCUUCUGCUUUUCUGCAGUUUUUUUUUCUUCCUCGACAGAAAGAGUCUUUGUGCAGCUGUAACAUCAUAACAGCUUGCCCUGCUUACCACUGCUGCUUCACUAGCUACGGCGCUCACGUUGAAAGUAUGCAUUCACUCCGCUGAAAGAGAGCACAGCCUGCUCCAGGCUUUAUUCAGGGGAGCAGCUCUGGUUUACAAUACUUCUUUUGACCAUCACAUCUGUACACUCGCCUGUCCUCUAGUUUUGUAGAAAUGACCGACUGAAGUCAAAACUUCAUCUUAUACCAAUUUGCACAACUAAAGCUCUUUUUAAAAAAAAAAAAAGUAAAUGACUUUUUUAAUUGUAUGUUGUGAUCAUCCAGUUUCAAGGUUGUGUUUUGUAACAAAAGUGGGGGAACUUUAAAAAGUGCCAGCUGGUUGUUGUCAGUGGAGUUGAAGUAAAUCAGGAUUUCUUUGCCAUGAAAAUGUCUUAAAACAAACUUUGUCCUGCUCUGUAAGCAGUGUACCUCAUUUACAAAUGAACAAUUUACUAAAAGACUAGUUUUAUAUCUAAUUAGUAAAAGUUUUUAUAUUACCAAAUGAUAAUGUUGGAAUUCAGGAGUCACUGUUUUUUUUUAAAGUUUCCUUCUUUUAUGACUAAUAUUUGUUCUGUUUUAUAAAUACACUGUGAACAUUUGUUUUUCUGUGAUGAUCUUUAUGUUAUUAUGAAGAGUUUAACUUUAUGAACAUUGAUGUACAUUUUAUAAGAAAUAAAAGGGAAAAGUAA